AUGCACGAGAUCUUGGAUGAUGCUAUUAUCAGCAUCUUAUUGAAACUAUCUUUGCUUUUAAACGCCUCCUCCACCACACAGCAUGAAGUCCUGGACCGAAGGCAGCUUUCAGAGCUCUACAGUAAAGGUGUGUUCCUCCUGGAGAGUGUAUCUCUGCAGAGCUGUCUCAGUGCAAACUCCUCUGGUGUCUCUAUGGCCAGCUGUGAUCACCCAACAUCUGCCCUGCUGUGGAAGUGGGUGUCCCGUCAUCGUCUCUUUAACUUGGCUACCAGCAGGUGCCUGGGCAGCAACGUAACAGGCCAGCAGGCCGAAGUGGGUAUUUUUGAGUGUGAUGUUCCCAUACAUACCAUGUGGUGGCGCUGUUAUGGCCGCAUGCUGUAUACCUCAACUCAGAAGAAACUAGUGGCCAUGGGCUCCAAAGUUGUGGUAAAGAGAUCCAGCAUGCAUGAGUGGAGGAUCUAUGGAGCACUUGGAGAGGCACCUUGCACUUACCCUUAUGAAGAAAUUCACACUCUGCUGGGAAAUGCCCAGGGUAUGCCUUGCACUUUUCCCUUCCAGUACAACAGUAAGUGGUAUUGGGACUGCACCUCAGAGGGCAGAGAGGACCAGCACCUUUGGUGUGCAACUUCUAGUCGAUAUGACCAAGACGAGAAGUGGGGCUUCUGCCCAACUGAAGCUCCUGGUUAUGGUCCGUUCUGGGAGAGCAAUACUGAACUGAAGGCCUGUUAUCAGUUUAACCUGUACUCUCUUCUUACCUGGAGCCAAGCACACACAUCCUGUCAGUUACAGGGAGGCAGUCUGCUCUCCAUCACCACCACUGCAGAGCACAUCUACAUCAGAGAAAGACUGGCAGACAUGGGCCUAAUAGUGUGGAUUGGACUAAACCACCUGGCUUAUGAAGGCGGAUGGCAGUGGUCAGACAGAUCUCCCCUGUCUCUUCUCCAAUAUACUUCAGACAUGACAUCAUUUGCAGUGGGGCAGAACCAGCUAUGUGGGGUGUUUAAUUCAGCUCUAGGGGUGGGGCAGUGGCAGACCAUGUCCUGUGAUUCUGCUGUGCCUUACAUCUGCAAGAAGACCCCCAACAUCAGCAGCAGAGCUGAGCCGCUCGAUAACUGGCAGUAUAAGAAUACUGUGUGCCCGGAUGGCUGGAUUGAUCAUAAUGGCUAUUGUUAUCGCUAUGUGGAUGAGAGGGGAAGCUGGGACAACUCCUCCAGCACUUGCAAGGCUCUCGGGGCAGAACUGACCAGUGUCCACUUUCUCUCUGAGCAGGAACUGCUGCUGGCACUCCUUGUUAAUGCGACUGACUCUCAGGUGUGGAUCGGUUUGUAUAUGGAGGCUGAUUCUGCUGUGGUUGAAUGGUCUGAUGGAUCCACUGUGACUAUGACAUCCUGGCAACAACAAGAACCCUCUCCUCGCCAGGGUGACAAAAGCAUGUGUGUCACUGCUGAUAGAAGGAAUGGGCACUGGCAGUUUGAGGACUGUCAAAAAAAACAUCCAGCAGUGUGUCGGACAUCAGGGCUUGUACCCCUACACCCAUCAGGAGAGUGGGAUGAGGGCUGUCCAGAGGGAUGGAAAAGAAAAGGAUUCUCCUGUUAUAAGAUCGCUGAUCAGGAACAGACCUUUGAGGAAGCAGUGAAGGGCUAUUACUGUAAAUCAUCUCUUGUCAGCAUUGAAAACAGGUAUGAGCAGGCCUUUCUAAACAGUCUGAUCAAUGCCAGGAACUCUUCUACCUCUCAGUACUAUUGGACCGCUCUCCAGGACCAGAACAGAACCGGUGAUUAUCGCUGGCUGAUGCAGAACAGCUCUACAGCACCUCUUACCUACACCAACUGGAACCGCCAUCAGCCCAUUGUGACUGGUGGAGGCUGCGUGGGAAUGACAGGUGGCCAUAAUCUUGGCCACUGGGAGGCGAAAAACUGCAAUUCUUUUAAGGCCUUGGCAGUUUGUGAGCAGAGUGUGAGCAGUUACCAUGAUAUGCUGAUGCCCAUUCCCCAUUUGGAUAUAAUUGCACCCUGUAAGGAUGGAUGGGAGAGCAAGUCAGGCCUGCCUUACUGCUACAAGGUGUUCCACAGCGAGAAGAUCUUGAUGCAUCGCUCGUGGUCAGAGGCGGAGUUUUUCUGCCGGGCUCUUGGGGCUGAUCUUGCCAGCUUUCACUACUAUAAGGACCAGCAGUUUGUCAAACAGAUGCUCACCAAGAUGUUUGAUAGUACAGAGGGCCGUUGGUUCUGGGUUGGCUUCACUAAAAGAGACCCACUAUCUGCUGGAGCCUGGGAGUGGUCAGACGGCACACCGGUAGUGACAUCAUUCCUAGAGGACAGAAAUGAGGAAGUGGGCAAUCAUGAGUGUGCUGUAUACAGCGAUAUAACAAACACGCUCAUACCCCGACCCUGUGAUUCCAAACAUGAAUGGAUUUGCAAAGUACCCAGAGGUGUGGAGUUAACAAAGCCUUAUUGGUACAACAAUCGUAAUGAGCCUUGGGUGUUCUACCGUGGAGCAGAGUACUAUUUGGCUGAACAACCAUUUCCUUGGGAGUCUGUGUUGCUUGCUUGUAAAUUGAUGGGAGCUGACUUGCUGUCCAUACACUCCCAAGAGGAGCUGGACUUUAUUAGAGAACGCAUAAAGAAAACUCAUUAUAGCUCUGCUGAGUGGUGGAUUGGGCUCUCAGCUAACAGUGCACAUCAAGGUUUUAGCUGGACUGAUGGAACGGCUCUAGAUUAUGAGAACUGGAAGAAUGGAAGCCCUUUUAGAGGGUCAGGACAAAAAUGCACUUCUAUGUCUUCUCUCACUGGAGAGUGGUCGACAGGUCACUGUUCAGAUCUUCAUGGUUACAUAUGUAAGCGCAGGACUGUGUCUGUGGUGGAGACCAAACGGGAGCCUCACUAUAUUGGUGCUUGUCCAGAAAACUGGUUUUAUUAUGGCCACAAGUGUCUGUUGCUGCACCUCCCAGCUCAGCCGAACCAGGGGAAGAGCUGGACGAAUGCUCAGUCCAUUUGCUCCAAUUUUCACAGCAUGCUGGUUACAAUUGAAGACGAGAUUGAACAAGCGUACAUUACCAUGCUGCUUCACGGCCGGUCUGCUGGAGUCUGGAUUGGCUUAAAAGAUUCAGACUUGAUGAAAUGGACCGAUAAAAAGCCUGUAUUUUACACCAACUGGUCUCCUGUGGAACCACAGCACUCCUCAGAUUCUCAUGAGGAGCACCUAGCUGAGGAGGUUAAACCAUUAUGUACAGUUCUCUCCAACAAUCACAACCUUCAUUUUACUGGGAAAUGGUACAAGGAGAAGUGUGGCCAAAGUGGAUAUGGCUUUAUUUGUCAGAAGCCACAAGACAAGACCAAACGUCCCUCCCACUCUUACCAUAACCCCGCUUCCUUGGAUGUGUCGGAGUACAGGAACAGGAGUUACCAUGUUAUUCGUGGCAACAUGAGCUGGUACGAAGCCCGGGCUGGUUGUAUUAAAAACAGCGCAGAGCUUAUAAGCAUCACAGACCCAUUUCAUCAAGCUUACCUAACUGUGCUGAUCAACAGACUGGGAACCCCCCAGUGGAUCGGCCUGUUCAGUGAGGAUGAUGGUAUAAAUUACCAGUGGACUGAUGGCAGUGAUAAUGUAUUUACUCACUGGGACUCUGGUGAUGACUGGGAUAUGUCCUUUGUAUUGGGAGACUGUGUGUACAUGGACAUCGAUGGAGGCUGGAGAAGAGAUGACUGUGACAUGCUCCUUUCUGGAGCGCUGUGUUACGUACCUCCCCCUAAAAGUUUUGCCACCUACAGUGAGGUGGUUUGUCCAGAAACGUGGCUGAAGUUUCGAGGGAGAUGCUACAAUUUCGAACCGGUUGUCUUAAGGAUGCCUUUAGAGGAAGCAAGAGAGUACUGCAGGAACAAAGAGAAUUCCUCAGAUGUUUUGACGAUUCGAGAUGAAGAGGAGAACCGCUUUUUUCUGAAGCAGAUGAAGAACUUUUAUGAUGAAUAUGAGGCCGUCUGGCUGGGCAUUUAUUAUAACAUUGACAACGAUGCUUUAACCUGGCUGGAUGAAUCUGCUCUGGACUUCACUAACUGGCGUCAGAAGCCUCCCGAUGCGAGUGUGAUGCAUGCUGACACGUGUGUAUCAGUGCAAGUUUCAGAUGCAGAGUGGAUCCUGGCCAACUGCAGGGACAGACUGGGUUUUAUCUGCAAAACCCGUUCAGAUGCAGCUCAAGAGGUGGUGGUAGAACCACUGACUGGUUUACAUCAUGGGAUCGUUCCAGCUGCAGUCUUAGUGUCAAUAUUGUUUUUCGCCAUGACGGCUGGAUUGUUUUGGUUCAUGUAUAAGAGAAACACGCUGGGCUUCAGGAGGCUCCCAUCACUUGGUACUGCCUACUACAGACAGAGCAGCUCUCAAGCCAUGGACUCGGAUGGGAAUGUUCUUCUUACAGACCUAGAGACUCAAGGAGGAGAUUAGUGAGUGUGUGUGAGUGUGUUCUGUCAGGGAUUUUUGUGUAUGACCAAACUUAAUUAAUCUUAUACAGUGCCUUGAAGAGUAUUCAACCUCUAUAAAUUUCUAUCCUAUUGAGUCAGCUUGCACAUUUUAAAAAUAUAAAAGUAUUUUUGUCAGUUAAUUUAUACAAACUUUAUUUUUGGAAA